CCCAGUUCAUUCUAGAACACCACCUAGUAAAGUCGCCGGAAAAUCAAAAUACCAGCUGCCGCCGCCAACGAUUUUGUUGUUGUUCUCUUUUCCUUUGCGUGUUCAAAUGAAUCCCCACAUUCAGAGCUUCCUUUAAACAUUCAGUCAACAUCCUCGAAAAUUAUUUUCCACUCACAUAGUGAUGGUGAAAUCCACUGAUCAACAGAAAAGACGCGGAAGCCAAUGGAGUUGGAUUUUGAUCGGCGCAAUCAUUGUUGUCCUGCUUGCUGUUGCAUUGGUUCCAAGGAAUUUUCCAGUUAGUUUGCUCAUUCAUCGCGUCGGGAGUUGUUUCGGCGGCUGGAAGGAAGGGCUCAAAUACCAUGGACUUGUGGAGGAUUGCUGUUGUGAUUAUGAGACUGUGGAUCGUAUCAAUGAAGAGGUGUUGCAUCCAAUGCUCCAACGUCUUGUUAAGUAUCCAUUCUUCCGGUACUUUAAGGUCAAAUUAUGGUGUGAUUGUCCUUUCUGGCCUGAUGACGGUAUGUGCCAUUUGAGGGACUGCAGCGUCUGUGAGUGCCCCGAAAAUGAGUUUCCUGAAACAUUUAGAAAGCCUCUUGGCAAAAGUCUCUCAUCAGAUGAUCUUCUCUGCCAAGAGGGAAAGCCAGAGGCUAUUGUUGAUCGUACCAUAGAUACUAAAGCUUUCAAAGGCUGGAUGGCAGUAGAUAAUCCUUGGACAAAUGAUGAUGAAACCGACAAUGCCGAAAUGACAUAUGUUAACUUACAAUUGAACCCUGAGCGCUACACUGGCUACAGCGGUCCAUCUGCAAGAAGAAUAUGGAAUGCUAUUUACAUGGAAAAUUGCAACAAAUAUCCGUCCGAAGAGUGCCAAGAAAAAAGGAUAUUGUACAAGUUGAUUUCUGGUCUUCACUCCUCCAUCUCAGUUCACAUAGCUGCUGAUUACCUGCUCGAUGAAAAAAAAAGCACGUGGGGCCAAAAUCUGUCCUUAUUAUACGAUCGUGUCGUGAAAUAUCCAGACCGUGUCAGAAACUUGUAUUUCACUUUCCUCUUCGUUCUCCGAUCAGUGACAAAAGCCGCAGAUUACUUGGAAGAAGCUGACUACGAUACUAACAAUCCCGUGGAUGACCAAAACACCCGUUUCUUAAUGAAGCAGCUGCUCUACGAUCACAAGCUACAAUCUGCAUGCCCUAAGCCAUUCGACGAGGCCAAAUUGUGGAAAGGCCAAAGCGGACCAGAACUUAUGAAGCAAACACAGCGUCAAUUCAGAAAUAUAAGUGCCCUGAUGGAUUGUGUGGGGUGCGAAAAGUGCCGUCUGUGGGGUAAGUUGCAGGUAUUAGGCCUCGGCACUGCAUUGAAAAUCCUAUUUUCGAUUGAUGGCCCGACUCAGCUGCAGCUGCAGACAAAUGAAGUAAUAGCUUUGAUGAAUCUGCUGAAUAGGCUAUCGGAGUCGGUUAAAUUUGUGCGUGAAAUGGGGCCUUCAGCUGAAAGAAUGUUUGGGAAGAUCAUUGGAGGACAGAAUGAUCAAGUAACUCAUCACUUUUGAAUUUUUGAUACCUUAAUUUUCAGUAUUAUUGCAUGCUGUAUAUGUAUAUGUAUAUGUAUGUGAGUUUUUGAAGUAUACAAAAGUAAAGCUGGCUGAGAUCUUUCCUGAUUGGUAAGAGACUAUUGCAUUAAAAAUAUGUCUAUAUUUAUAUAUUUUAACUCAUUUUCAAAUUAUCCUUAAACAAUUCAAAUUACCAGGGAUUCGUUAGAUAAUGUGACAUGGAGGUUACAAACUACUUAUAUAUUUAUGUAUUAGGUAUAAA